CCGGAGGGAGGGAUGGCGAGCCUGGCAAGGGUCGGCGCCCCGGUCUGCCAUCCCAGCCGGCCUGGCCUCCGCCUUGGGCAGCCCCAGCGAGCCCCUGGCCUGACGGGGGCCGGGAAGGAGGCAGCAGGCAGCGCCUCCCGGGCCCUCGCUCAGGCCCAAUUAGGUCAGGCUCUGGGGUGACUCAGUGGGCUGCUGGGCUUUGGCUGCCUCCCAGGGAGGCCGCUGCCGCCUCCUCAGAAUGCCUGCCGGGCCUCCCGUGGGAGGGGACGGCUCUGAGAGGGCCCCUCCCUCCCUGUCUGUCUCCCCGGUACCCUCCACGGAUGCUGUUCAUUAGUGCCCAGGCAGAGCUCAAGCACUGGGCAGCAGAGGCCAGAUGGCUUGUUCGGGGCACCCAGCUACGGGGUACCUGAGGUCACAUUCGAACCCAGGACCCUCUGUCUCCAGGCCCGAGCCAGCCCGCUGCCCCGGGCGCUCUCUGACGCUCCAGAGCUCCUCGGGCGGCCUCCGUCCUGCCCAGCGCCAGGACGAGCGGGCAGGGCUGGCAGGGGCGCCCGUGCCAGAGGCGCGGCUAACAGGGCCUCCGGCGGUCUCGCAGACACCCGAGCAGGAACCCCAGAGAGACGAGCCCCCUGAUGGGCAGGAAAGCCAACGUGCCCGGGCCGGGCCCCAGCUGCCCGCCGGAGAGGAGGCCGCUCGAAGUCACCCCCACCAAGAAAAGCGCCCACUUCUUUCUCGAAAUCGAAGGCUUCGAGCCCAACCCGGCCGCCAACAAGCCGUCUCCUCCCGUCUUCCCCAAGCCCAUGGACUCCAACAUCCGGCCAUGCAACCCCGGCAGCUGUGAGGACAUGGACUCCCCCCAGUCUCCUCAGGACGACAUCACGGAGACCCCGUCCAACCCCAGCAGCCCCUGCGCUGCUCUGGCCAAAGAGGAGCAGAAGAGGAACAGGAAGAGGCUGAAGAAGCGCAUCUUUGCGGCCGCAGCCGAGGGCAGCGUCCAGGAGCUGGGCGGCCUGCUGGGGGAGCUCCGGGAGCUGGCCAGGAGGCACCGGACCGUGGACACGCAGGACUACGUGCUGCACAAGCUCACAGCCUCGGACACGGGGAAGACGUGCCUCAUGAAGGCUCUGCUGAACAUCAACCCCAACACGGAGGACAUCGUGAGGACCCUGCUCGCCUUUGCUGAAGAAAAUGACAUUUUGGAAAGAUUCAUCAAUGCUGAGUACACCGAGGAAGCCUACAGAGGACAGACGGCCUUGAACAUUGCCAUUGAGCGCAGACAGGUGGCCAUCACCGAGACCCUGAUCGAGAAGGGGGCCGACGUCAAUGCCCACGCCAAGGGUUUGUUCUUCAACCCCAAGCACAAGCAUGAAGGCUUCUACUUUGGAGAAACGCCCCUGGCCCUGGCUGCCUGCACCAACCAGCCGGAAAUCGUCCAGCUGCUGAUGGACAACGAGAAGACGGACAUCGCGUCCCAGGACUCGCGGGGGAACAACAUCCUGCACGCGCUGGUGACCGUCGCCGAAGACUUCAAGACCCAGAACGACUUUGUCAAGGAGAUGUACGACAUGAUUCUCCUCCGGAGCCGAGACCCCGCGCUGGAGACGGCGCAGAACAAGGACGGCCUCACGCCGCUCCAGCUGGCCGCCAAGACCGGCAAGUCCGAGAUUCUCAAGUACAUCCUGAGCCGAGAGAUCAAGGAGAAGCUGCAGCGGAGCCUGUCCCGGAAGUUCACGGACUGGGCUUACGGGCCCGUCUCGUCCUCCCUCUACGACCUCACCGACGUGGACACGACAGCGGACAACUCGGUGCUGGAGAUCAUCGUCUACAACACCAACAUCGACAACCGCCACGAAAUGCUGAGCCUGGAGCCGCUGCACACCCUGCUGCGGAUGAAGUGGAAGCGCUUCGCCUCCUACAUGUUCUUCACGUCCUUCUGCUUCUACUUUUUCUACAACAUCACCCUGACCCUCGUCUCCUACUACCGGCCCCGGGAACAGGAGGCGCUGCCGCACCCGCUGGCCCUGACGCACAAGAUGGGGUGGCUGCAGCUCAUUGGGAGAAUGUUUGUGCUCAUCUGGGCCACGUGCAUCUCUGUGAAAGAGGGCAUCGCCAUCUUCCUGCUGAGGCCCUCCGACCUGCAGUCCAUCCUGUCUGACGCCUGGUUCCACUUUGCAUUCUUCAUCCAGGCUGUGCUUGUGAUUCUGUCCGUCUUCCUGUACCUGUUUGCCUACAAGGAGUACCUGGCCUGCCUGGUGCUGGCCAUGGCACUGGGCUGGGCCAACAUGCUCUACUACACGCGCGGCUUCCAGUCCAUGGGCAUGUACAGCGUCAUGAUACAGAAGGUCAUCCUGCAUGAUGUGCUGAAGUUCCUUUUCGUGUACAUCGUGUUCUUGCUGGGCUUUGGCGUUGCCCUGGCCUCCCUCAUCGAGAAGUGCCGCCCGCAGGACAGUGAGUGCAACUCGUACGGGAGCUUCAGCGACGCUGUGCUCGAGCUCUUCAAGCUCACUAUCGGCCUGGGGGACCUGAACAUCCAGCAGAACUCCAAGUACCCCAUCCUCUUCCUCUUCCUGCUCAUCACUUACGUCAUCCUCACCUUCGUCCUCCUCCUCAACAUGCUCAUCGCCCUCAUGGGGGAGACCGUGGAGAACGUCUCCAAGGAGAGCGAGCGUAUCUGGCGGCUCCAGAGAGCCCGGACCAUUCUGGAGUUCGAGAAGCUGCUGCCCGAGUGGCUCAGGUCCAAGUUCCGGAUGGGAGAGCUGUGCCGCGUGGCCGAAGGGGACUUCCGGCUGUGCUUGAGAAUCAAUGAAGUGAAAUGGACCGAAUGGAAAACUCACGUGACCUUCCUGAACGAAGACCCCGGCCCCACCCGCCGGCCAGACCUCAGCAAGGUCCAGGACUCCUCGAGGUACAACAGCAAGACCACCCUCAAUGCAUUCGAAGAGCUGGAUGAGUUUCCUGAAACGUCGGUGUAGCCCCCAAAGCCCGGGAAGAGUGCCAGGAGGGGGCUGCGGGCCGGCCGAGCCCAGUGUGCCAGGUCGGGGCCCGUGUAGGGGCUCAGAGCGUCCCUGGGGGAGGCCUCUGGAGAGGCUCCGGGAGCUCUCUUCAGGCGUCCUGGCCAGGCCGUGCUGGGGGGACAAGCCUCCUGCCUCCUCCGGGCUGUGCUGCCCCCAUGAGGGCCCCCGGCCGCUGGCCGUGCAUUUCCCACAAGACAUUUCAGUUUGGAGUCAGAAGCACUUCAUGGGGGCCUGCCGUGCGCGGGCCAGCCUGAAGCUCGUCCUGGGCCUCUCGGGCCCUUCGAAGACCACCCGGCGGGCCGAGGGACGUAGCGGCGCGGCCCAGGCUGAGGGGAUUCUUCAGAGCCCUCCUGCGUGCCCGGCAGCGGGCUGCGGGGCCGGCCCUCCCGUCCUCAACUUAGCAGCCAAGCUGUGACGCCUGCCCCCGGGGGGGCCCUCUCCGAAGGGAAGCCCCUGCCCAGGGCUGUCGGCUCGGCGUUCCGGGGGUGCCAGGCGCCCGUUGUCCCCCCCUCGGGGCCGAGGCCGGAGCUGGGAGGGGCAUCUCAUACUGUGAACCCGCCUCUUGGAGGCCGGAGAAGGGGGAGGCCCUGGGGGGGCCACAAUAAAUAUUUAUUUUGACCUCC